GUGCUCCUUGCUCCCUUCUCCCCUGCUCAGCGGAGGGGGCUCACAGCUGGCCGCUUCUCCUGCCCAGCUUCCCGAGCACGGCCUGAGCCCCGAGCCCCGAGUUCCGAGCCCCGAGCCCCGAGCCCGCGGCCUCCCCGCCGCAGCCGCCGUGCCCAUGGAGCUGCAGCAGUCCGGCCCCGGGACCAGAGCGGAGGAGGAGCCGGGACCGUCCACAGCUCGGGAGGCGGGAGCGGUCCCCGGGGACCGGGGGGAAGAGGAGGAAGAGGAGAAAAAUGACCCUCCUUUUCAACUGAAACCACCUCCUAAAGCUUGCAGACCUGAAAAGGAAAUUGAUUCCGAAUACGAAGAGAAGAUGAAAACAGACCGAGCAAAAAGAUUUGAAUUUCUACUGAAGCAGACCGAGCUUUUUGCUCAUUUCAUUCAGCCUGCGGCCCAGAAGUCGCCAACAUCGCCACUGAAGGUGAAAGUGGGCCGUCCCCGAGUGAAGCGCGAUGAAAAGCAAUGCCUUCUUUCAGCUGGGGAUUACCGCCACAGACGGACGGAGCAAGAAGAAGACGAGGAACUGUUGUCUGAGAGCCGAAAAACGUCAAAUGUUUGUGUCCGAUUUGAAGUAUCUCCUUCAUAUGUGAAAGGAGGAACGCUGCGAGAUUAUCAGGUUAGGGGCCUGAACUGGAUGAUUUCCCUCUAUGAAAAUGGAGUUAAUGGCAUUCUGGCAGAUGAAAUGGGUCUUGGAAAAACUCUACAAACGAUUGCGUUGCUUGGCUAUCUGAAACACUAUCGGAACAUUCCUGGGCCUCACAUGGUUUUGGUUCCCAAAUCAACUUUACACAACUGGAUGAAUGAAUUUAAACGCUGGGUACCCUCUCUGCGGGCUGUUUGUCUCAUUGGGGACAAGGAUGCAAGAGCCGCUUUCAUUCGUGACGUAAUGAUGCCAGGAGAGUGGGAUGUUUGUGUCACAUCCUAUGAAAUGGUAAUUAAAGAAAAAUCCGUGUUCAAAAAGUUUAAUUGGCGGUACUUAGUCAUUGAUGAAGCCCACAGAAUCAAGAAUGAAAAAUCCAAGCUUUCUGAGAUUGUUCGGGAGUUUAAGACCACAAACCGGUUGUUACUAACUGGAACGCCAUUGCAAAAUAAUCUGCAUGAGCUCUGGGCAUUACUCAAUUUCUUGUUGCCUGACGUCUUCAAUUCUGCAGAUGAUUUUGAUUCCUGGUUUGACACUAAAAAUUGUCUUGGUGAUCAAAAGCUUGUGGAAAGACUACAUGCAGUUUUAAAACCAUUUUUGUUACGGCGUAUAAAAGCUGAAGUAGAAAAGAGCCUACCUCCUAAAAAGGAAGUAAAAAUUUACCUUGGCCUAAGUAAGAUGCAAAGGGAAUGGUACACGCGGAUCCUGAUGAAAGAUAUUGACAUUUUAAAUUCGGCCGGAAAGAUGGAUAAAAUGCGCCUGCUGAAUAUUCUCAUGCAAUUGCGAAAGUGCUGUAAUCAUCCCUACCUGUUUGAUGGUGCUGAACCUGGCCCGCCGUAUACAACUGACACCCAUCUUGUCAAUAACAGUGGCAAAAUGGUGGCUUUGGAUAAACUCUUGUCAAAACUCAAAGAACAGGGGUCAAGAGUCCUCAUUUUUAGCCAGAUGACACGAUUACUGGAUAUCCUGGAGGAUUAUUGCAUGUGGCGGGGUUAUGAGUACUGUCGGCUUGACGGCCAGACACCGCAUGAGGAAAGAGAGGAAGCUAUAGAUACCUUUAAUGCUCCUAACAGUACCAAAUUCAUUUUUAUGCUGAGUACAAGGGCUGGAGGUCUUGGAAUUAAUUUGGCCACUGCGGAUGUGGUUAUAUUAUAUGAUUCAGACUGGAAUCCACAGGUUGAUCUGCAAGCUAUGGAUCGAGCUCAUCGUAUUGGUCAGAAGAAGCCAGUACGGGUGUUCCGGCUUAUUACUGACAACACCGUUGAAGACAGGAUUGUAGAAAGAGCAGAGAUAAAAUUGAGGCUUGACUCUAUUGUAAUACAGCAAGGUAGGCUCAUUGAUCAACAGUCUAACAAGUUGGCAAAAGAUGAGAUGCUUCAGAUGAUCCGUCAUGGAGCCACGCAUGUUUUUGCUUCCAAAGAAAGUGAACUGACAGAGGAAGACAUUACAACUAUUUUAGAGAGAGGAGAAAAGAAGACUGCGGAAAUGAAUGAACGGCUGCAGAAAAUGGGGGAGAGCUCUCUUAGAAAUUUCACCAUGGACACCGAAACAAGUUUGUACAACUUUGAGGGUGAAGAUUAUAGAGAAAAACAAAAGCUCAGCAUGAUGGAGUGGAUAGAGCCUCCGAAGCGAGAGCGCAAGGCCAAUUACGCAGUGGAUGCCUAUUUCAGGGAGGCUUUACGUGUUAGUGAGCCGAAAGUUCCAAAGGCCCCCCGACCACAACAACCAAAUAUCCAAGAUUUUCAGUUCUUUCCACCACGUUUAUUUGAGCUUCUGGAAAAAGAAAUUCUUUAUUAUCGGAAGACUAUAGGUUAUAAGGUGCCAAGGAAUCCUGAACUCCCCAAUUCAGCCCAGGCUCAGAAAGAGGAGCAGAAGAAGAUUGACGAAGCUGAGCCUCACACGGCUGAGGAGACUGAGGAGAAAGAAAAACUUCUCACCCAGGGAUUCACAAACUGGAACAAACGAGAUUUUAACCAGUUUAUUAAAGCUAAUGAGAAGUAUGGGCGUGAUGAUAUAGAUAAUAUUGCCCGAGAGGUGGAGGGAAAAUCACCUGAGGAGGUCAUUGAAUAUUCAGCUGUGUUUUGGGAGCGUUGUAAUGAGCUACAAGAUAUUGAAAGAAUCAUGGCUCAGAUUGAACGAGGAGAAGCUAGAAUUCAGCGACGGAUCAGUAUCAAGAAAGCCCUGGAUGCCAAAAUAGCAAGAUACAAGGCACCAUUUCAUCAGCUGCGCAUUCAGUAUGGAACCAACAAAGGGAAGAACUACACUGAAGAGGAAGAUAGAUUUUUGAUUUGUAUGCUCCAUAAAAUGGGCUUUGACAAGGAAAAUGUGUAUGAAGAGUUACGGCAGUGUGUGCGCAAUGCUCCUCAAUUUCGAUUUGAUUGGUUUAUCAAAUCAAGAACUGCCAUGGAAUUCCAGAGGCGCUGUAAUACUCUCAUAUCAUUGAUUGAAAAAGAAAACAUGGAAAUUGAAGAAAAAGAAAGAGCAGAAAAAAAGAAACGUGGAGUAAAAGGGCCAAUGACCCAGAAAAGAAAGGCGGAGCCAGCUGCUGAGAGCUCUGGCAAGAAGGAUGCCAAGAAGGUGAAAUCUUAAAGCUGGGAAAUAAUGUUAACUGAGGAAUGUCCACUCCCAGCCCCCCCAGCCCCAUCCUCUUUAGGGUCAAAUAUUAAUUGCUAGUUUCUAUUGUAUUCCCAAUAACUAACAAAAAGUCUCUUGCUAGUUCUAAUUUUUUGCAUAUUUUAUAUCUUUUAACAAAGCUUUUUACCUGAAAUGUGUAGUGUUCUACUUUAUGCAUUCCAAAAAAUUUUGGUGUCUACCUGUAGCUCGUGAAUUUCAUGCCUUCCUCAAAAUCUUCCCAGUCCUUGUUCUUUGGAAGCUUGUGCCGAGGUUUUAGCUUUUCUAUGUUUUGUACGCUACCGCUGCUUUGAAAAAGAGCCUGGAUUCUAUAGUUGUAUCAUUGUUCUUUCAUACUUAAAAUUUAUAUGGCUGUGGAAAAAUGGAAUUAAAAUGAUUUGAGGAGAAAUAGA